GCGACACGUAUAAUGUUUUAGACGACAAGUCACGUUAUUGUUCAUACAGGCACACGGUGGGCGCCUAUAAACGGAAGGUCUUUUCUAGGGUUCAUCGGUAUCAUAGCAACCACCUCUCAAACAACAACAAUGCCACGCUGCUGAAGCUUCAGUUGGACGUUCGCUGAUACAUUUGCUGUGGAUUAUCAUCAAGCUGUUUAUUCGUCCAAAUGUCGCUGAAAGAACUACAGCUGCCACCGUUGUUACACUAUGAAAGUCUUUCCGUUAGCAGAGGAUCACAGCGACACAUUACUAACGGGAUAUCUAGGUCAAAGUUUAUAAAAACCAACGCGGGGGAAACCUCUGGUACCCUUUCAUCCUGGCCUGCUGAAGUUACCAAUCAAAUUGUCCAAAAGCCCGGAGGAAUAAAACAUCAUGGAUCUCUUACCAAGCCUCGUUUCUUAGAGCAACUGGAGUCUCAUCUGAAGAGAGAAUUAGAAGCUUUAGACACACAUGGCAUCAAAGUCCAAGAGCUCAGACUGCAGGUUUUCCAGGAGGUGUUUGGAUAUUUAAUUGAAGAAUUUAAAACCUAUAAGCCUAUUUUCUCUGCCAUCAAAAAUGAGUAUGACGUCACAUUAGCACAUCUUCGUGAACAGAUCAGGGAUCUGCUACCGCUGCGGGCAAAGCUGGUGCUUGUGUCGGAACAGUGUGAGAAGAGGAUUCUGGAUCAGAGAGUACAGGAAAGAGAUGAGCUCCGAGCUCUGAAGCGAGAGUGUCAGCGUCUGCACUGUGUCAUCGAGAGUAUGAGAGGACAACAGACUGCUCUGCAGAUUCAGGUUGAUCACCUAAAAGAGGAUCUGGCCACCCAAUAUCAGCUAUACAGGGAUGAACGUGAUGCACGAAAACUGCUCAUCACCAGAAUCAGCACAAUGACCUCUACCCAAGACACUGAACAUGAUGAUAAUAAUGAAGAGGAUGAAUCUGAGGAUCCUGUGGUGGUGAAAAUGGCUUUGCAGGUGUGUAGAGAGGACCUUACCAAAGUCCAAGUUGAGCUUAACCGCCUCCAAGCCGAAUACAGUGAUGUGGUCCCACGACGAGACUGGGAUAACCUGAAUCAUAUGCAUGAGGAGACUUUAAUAAAGCUGGAAACCUUACAGACAGACUUUGACCAGUUAAAGUCUGAGUAUGACACACUGCUUGAGGUUCAUCGUCAGUCAGCACCUGCUGUGUUACACUCCAAUCAGUCUGUGCUGCAACAUGGCUCUGAUAACAAACACAUUGUUACAACUCCCAGACCAAACUGGGAACAAUGUUCAGACAUACUAGGAGGCAGUGAGCGAUGUAAAGAGCUCUUUGAAGGUCAAUCCAGCCAAAAGAGGCUGGAGAUCUUGCUGCAGCAGAUGAAUGGCCAAAAUGAGUUCUUCACUGGUCUUGGCACAUCCAGUGACGUCCCCAUUUAUCUACAGUAUGAGGGGAAACUUAAGAAUCUUAAACUCAAGAAAGCAGAUGUAGUCAGAGUUAUUAAAGACAUCUGGAGGGAAAAAACUUCAGAGAAUGAAAAGAAUGAUGACUCCAGAGAUCUGCAGAUGUUUCUUCACAGCUAUCUUGUGGAACAUUAUAAGGAUAAGGCAGGAGAGUGGGCUUACAGCUUGAUGGAAAGCAUUCAGAACAAUCUUGAAGAUUAUCUCAUUUGCCUUUUUAAUGACAUCUUGAUUGGGAAGGUUGAUGAGAGUAUCUACCAUGGACAGACUCAGCUGCUGUCUCACUUGCUCAAGGUUUUAAUUCAAAGUGACACAACACAAUGCGGAUCACUAACUGUCUUAGAAUUUAGUGAUGCAUUGAAGAAGGCCUUCCCUCUGAAAGAUCAAGACAUAGAGGAGCUGUUGGCGGUGGCUCAGACAGAGCUGAAGAGUAAUGGAGUGCGCAUUGCUUAUCAGACACUUUAUACAGAGGACACAGAUGGAAGACACAAAGAAUUCCUGAGUCUAGUUAAAAAACAAGCUACUGCUGAGAGACUCCAGUACAUCAGCGAGCUGAGAAUGCAACUAGAAGGCAAACGGGAAGUGGAUGCAGAGCACCUCAGGACUGCCUUCAAGACUAUCGAUCCCUCACUGGAUUCUGAAACUCUGGACUGGAAUCUCGGUGUAGCUUUUCAGACAAAGGAGGGUGAAUUACGAGCUCAAGCUUUGAACACCGAGGUUGUGCUACAGCGUCUCUCUGUGGCUAAUGUAAAAAGGGCAGGGCCUAAGUGAUGACAGUUGUUACAUCAAGCACAUUUCCAAUCUUUUUAUAGCACACUACAUAUAUAAACCAAGCACAGC